ACAGUAGGUCUAGCUAUAUAUGUUUACGCCGUUUUCGCGUCUUCCUGUUUUGUUGACAUUUCUUUGAAUUGAAGUAUCAAAGUAGUAAAAAAAGUUUCUGUCAAAUACAACCUUCUGUUUUUGAAUACUUUAAGUAUGCAAUAAUUAUUUUAAAUCCGCAGAAAUGCGUUCAUACGUUUAAUUAAUGUAAUAAUAUUAUAUUUCAUCCUAACCUAUAUUCAAAAUAAGGGUCAUCAUGGCUGAAAAUACCGGCAGUAGUAAUACUAUUAAUAGCACAACUACUACAAAAACAACUAAAAAUUUUCUCAACCCUGUAAGAUUGUCAUACAAGGAUCCUUCUGUGGACAAGUCCGUUGAGAAUGCUGCAAACGUAAUAAAUGCCUGGCACAAAUUCAUUUUAUACAAUGUUGCAAAAGAAGACAAAAAUUUAAUACUGGAUGCGAUCAUUGAAAUUUGUGCUCCUGGCUUAUUUAUCCCUGUUAAAUAUCAAAUGGAGACUGAUACUAAAGCUACUUUUUUAAGCAUGUGCCGAUCGAAUGUUAUAUCUCGAUUUGUUAAUCAAAAAAUGCAACUGAAGCUUAAAAAUGGCAAAAUUGUAUAUUAUGAUAUAGUACUAUCUUACCUAACUUUCAAAGAAUUUAAUCUGAAUGUGCUGCAAAUAAUAAGUAAUGUUAUUAAAGCUCGUUUUAGUAAGGAAUCAAUUAGAAAAACUUUGAACCUUCAAAAUUUUUCAACUGAUAAACUCCUUGGUUCAGUGUAUUGUCCUCUGCACAUACCAGUAGUUUUUGAUAAUAUUUUGCGUUUAUCAAAAACGGUUAUUGCACCAAUCAAUAAUCGAGAUGCCAAGCUUCCAAUAAGAGAUUUAAUUUUAAGAAACAAUAAUUUAGAAUCUCUUGUAUUCACUGAAAAAGUUUUCAGUUUUGUAUUUUCCAAGAUUGAUCUACGCAAUAACAAGCUAUAUGAUGUUACUCUACUUAAACCAUUUUCAGAGUAUAAAAUUACAGAAUUAUGGCUAGAUGGAAAUCCUCUUUGCAGUAAUUAUUCAUCUGCCAAAGAUUACGUAACCGCAGUUAAAUGUUAUUUUCCACAUCUACAAUUGCUAGAUGGAGAGAUCAUUGGUAUUGAAGACAAACAAGUACCGAUAUACCAUAAACAUUUUGUUCAAGAUAAAAUAAAGAUCAAUUUAGUGAAACAGUUUUUAGAACAUUUUUUCACAUGCUAUGAUCAAGAAGAUCGGUUAGUGUUCAAUGGAUUAUACGAUGCUGGAGCUUUAUUUUCAAUGACGAUAGGACCAAUCACAGACAAUUCUCAAAAACAAAUUAUCAAAUCUUUUGCAACCAACAGAAAUUUAUUGAAGUUUGUUGACUAUGCAAAAUGUACUGAAUUUUUACUGUACGGACCAGAAAAAAUUAUCACUGCCUUGAGACGUGAACCAGCAACUCUUCAUAAAAUGAAAUUUUUAGACAUAGAUCUACUUUACAGCACAAGUAAUAGUUUUGCUGUUUUUGUACAAGGUCCCUUUGUGUACAGAAAAACCAAUGUGCCGCCAAUGUGGUUCACCAGAACUCUAAUCGUUGUAGCCAAAGAAGACAAUGAAUUUUGUAUUAUCAAUGAUCAAUAUCACAUAGAUAAUUGUCCACCUAGUUUAAACAAUGUAGAUCUAAGUGAAUUAAAAAUUGUGACUCAACACUCGGUUCCUCAGUUUAAUCCGAUAUCGUUUAGUGGAGCAGAAAAGUACCAGCUACUUAGACUUUUGCAAGAGUUGACUACUAUGAAUGACAAGUAUUCUGAGAAGUAUUUGAUAGAAGCCAGCUGGGAUAUUCGUCAAGCAAUUAAAACUUUCAUGCAACAAUACCUAAGUAAUAGAGUACCUACUGAAGCAUUUAAAUAAUGACAAAUUUUAGACACAAGUGGAUUGAAGGUUUGACAAAUAUUGUAUGUACAUAUGUAAAUCUGACUAUAUUCUAUUAAACUUGUAAGUUUCCAUGUAUGAAUAAUUAGCGAAUUUUUUUAUAUUUUUUAAGUAAAAAAAAUAAAAAAAUACAAAACUUAA